UUAUUUCAUAUACGGACUGUAAAUUUCACCCAUGUAGGAUUCAUUGAUUUAUGUUAUUUAUUCAACUAUCAUGGAAAUAUUGGAAAAAACAGACUCGAAGCCAGCAAAGAGCAGAGCAGAGCCAGAUUAGAUAGCGUUGGCUAACGCUAGCUAGCAGCUUUCAUAGCUGGGCAGCUAAUGGAGGGACCGAUGCCAACACGGCGGACCUUAUAGUGUGGCGGGUCAGCAAUAGCAGCUUGUUCACAGGCAAGAGGAACACGGCCAUGCGCGCGUUUGAACAGUUUGUUAAGGAGAAAGCGCUGGAGGGGAAGGUAACACCAGCAUGGGUGAAGAAGAAGUGGGAGAACCUGCGGCAAAAAUACAAGGACAUUAAAAAUCUCAGCAUGGUGGGAGGAGAACCCUGUGCUGCUCCAUGGAAGUGGUACGCCGUGAUGGACCAGGCUCUGAGUGGGGAGAUCACCUGCACCUCCAUGACUACCUUCCCCACCAUCCUCUGCCCUUCUCCCCACACCUCCUCCCCUUUCACCUCCACAGUCCUGGUAUCCUCCUCCGCACAGGACCCCCCGCCCGUCAAGAGGAAGAAGGACCAGUACCUGCAGGCUGCACUGCAGGAGUUGGAGAAGAGACAGGAGGAGCGGGAGAGGCAGGCCUUGGAGAGGGAGGAGGAGCGGGAGAGGCAGGCCUUGGAGAGGGAAUGCAGAAGGGAGCAGGAAUUGCUGGUGAGGCAGGAGCGGUGGGAGAGGGAGUACAGAGAACGGGAGGAGCGGAGGGAGAGGGAGUACAGAGAACGGGAGGAGCGGAGAGAGAGGGAGGCUUCUGCCAGGGAGGACAGGCUCUUUAAGCUGCUCGAAACAUUCGUGUCCAAACAGUGAAACGCUGUGUGAUCCAUGUUUGUACCCAAAACCACGUACUUUAUAUUAAACUGUGCUCUGUUUUGUAUCUCG